AUGGGCUGUACUCCAGGCUGUAUGUCAAAGGCCAAAAAGAUCUAUACAAUUACUCCUUCGAGAGGUUAGAUAGUUGCAAAUGACUUUAAAUGUCUGCUGAUCAUCGUAGAUUUUUUACCCCUGAAUGUCCUGAUAAAAGUGAGCAAAGUCAGCAGAAAAUUUUACUUUAUUUCUGGACGUCGACCUGUACUGGACAAGUUUCUCAAGAAAAAAUACGAUGACUAAGAAACUUUAGAAAGAGAAACUCCUGAGAUAUAUAAUGAUAAGCCUGGAAACGAGACUACUAGCAAUCUAGCUAUCUACAGUUAUGAAAAGGCAAACCAUGAAAAUACCGACAACACGCAAGAUCUUACUCGUUAAACUGAUAUGGCUUCAGCGAUACAAAGAUUAAAUACAAAUGAAAAAGGAGUUAGCAAGAGUCAAGAAGUUGAGAACUUUGAUCUUAUCUCAAUUUUGAAGAAAAAGACAUUUACAAAGCCAAGGCGGCUCUUAAACAUCCAGAGUAGUUAGAGUGGUUAGAAAUUACCAUAGGAUUAAGAGGAUAAUAUGUACUUUGACUUUAUUGUGGAUUAGAAAGGCUAUUAUCAGCCCAAAUUUCUACCAUUUAAAGCUAAUUAUCCAAGUACUUACUCCAAAAAAGAAGGAAGAACUUAAAGACAUUAAAGAAAUAAUUCUCAAGAAAUGAAUUAACAUAGAGUAAACGAUUAGCACGUCCAGUCUCAGGAUAUCAAAGAUUUAUAAAGAACUGAAAAAUAGCAUCGAGGUUAGAUGCUAAUUGUUGAACAUAUGUCUUCAGAAGCUUAGAGUUUCAAACAUCCUGGAUUCAAUGUCAAAACUCCUAAUUUCACAAUCUUAAAUCGAAUCUAAUCCAAGCCUGAAGAAAGUGAAUAUGUCGAAGAUAAGCAUGAUUAAUAUCCAGGAUAAAUGAAUCUAUUACACACUAGAUUUUACAAGAAAAACGCAGAUGAUUCUGAAAGCUUCAACGCUAUGUCAUCUGGAAGAAGUAGCAGCUACAUCUAAUCAGUGAUAGUAACCUCAAAGCAUAUUGAAACUCCAUCAUCAUUAUUACAUCAAGUCAGGAAUAGGCAUUAGUUCGUGUUUUCAAACAUUCAAAAUAUCAAAUAGGAAUGA